CUACAAACCGUUUCCAUGGCAACCCGGUCACAAGUUUCCAAACAGAGUCAGUCCUCCACACACACACACACACACACACACACACACACUCACAGCAGUUUGUUUGUUUCUGUGCUUCCAACAUGUUUUCAGAGUGUAAUAAAUGGCCAGAUCUCCCAGAUCCCAGGACUGUCCCCAACCAUGGACAGUCUCCCUGAUGACAGGGCCCGAGGGCGAAGGGUCGGAGUCCUGGAGAGUGACUCUGACUAUAUCAAACUUGCAAAACAAGGAGGCCACAAAGGACUUCUGUGGCACGAGGAAAACAUUGAUGGAACAGUUACUGCUAAAGUGAAUUCAUACAAAGCACCAGACUGGUUCAACGCUGCAUCAGAUGACGACAGCAAACCGAGUCUAAUUAACAGUGAUGUGAAGAAAAGCCCCAGAGCUUUUCAACCACGAGAGCCCCCCUUUGGGACUGACAAUAUGUCAUCCUGGGAGAGAGAUGAUAGCAGCACCGAUGGCAAAGAGAAGAACAACAAUGUUCCUGACAGCCCGAUGGAGAAAUUGCAGUCAUUCGAUAAAUAUCUUCAGACCAGCAAAUUCAGGAGAGUAGUACAUGACAAGAAACCAGCUCCUGUCGACAUGUCUAAGCUGUUGAGCUUUGGUUAUGCAGACGGUGACAAACCAAUAGCAAGCACUGAUUUGUCAAAUUAGAAGACUGCCAGUGCGUGGGAAAAAGGAUGUACAAACUCAAAUGCUUCCAA